CAGAAAAUUGAGCGUCUCCUUUUACAAGGAUCUGACCCUAACACGACACCGUACUUUUGCUGCAAAUCAGCUGGAAUUGUCGCAGUGAUACAGAGGUCACAACAAACCUCUCGGGUGUCCAAUAUGGGAGGAGACCACGGCCACAGCAAGCUGUCCAUGCCAGACUGGAGACAGUGGGAAACAAAAGGAACACCGCUGGAGUUCACCCAACAGAGGCUGGCUGCUAGAGGCCUGAAGGACCCAUGGGCACGCAACGAGGCGUGGAGAUACUCGGGCGGUUUUGCUAGGGCUGUGACCUUUUCUGAUGUUCUGCUGAGAGGGUUCAAAUGGGGCUUUGCUGCUUUUACUGUCGCUCUGGCAAUAGAGUACGCUGUUUUUCCUCCUAAGAAAGGAGGCCACUGAUUCUCCUCAUUGUCUCCACACAGUCUAAAAAUCUUCUGUAUUUUCUGCCAAUAAACAUGAUUUGAUUCUCACGUAGAUUUA